CCCCGUUUACACAUCCCAUGGUCUUUUCAGUUGGAAUAUGCAGGAUAUGGGUCACAUUAUUUUACAGCAAAAUAAAUAUAAUAUUAACAGAGGCGUAAACACUUUUGAGGACUAGUGCUUAAAUCAUCUGCUUCCUGUUCUUUUUUUUGUAGCUGUUUCUCCAAAGAAAAAGCACAAUGUGUUUGUCAAAACAAUAGCAAGCAAAGGCCAAUUAAAUAAGGAAUGUUAUCAGUGAGUCAUACAGGACAUGAAACAGAAAACAGGACAGCCUUGUUUAAAAAAUAGAAAAUCAAAAGGCAAUACAUUUAUUCAGUAUUAAUUUAGAUCUGGAAAAGAUUUUCAGAAUGCUGGAAAACUUAUUGCAGAAGCACAAAAAAAAGGGCUAACAUCUCUAUUUGAUCUAAAAAUGACAUAGUUCUGUGUUGAGUUAAUGAGUUAUUAAAGCAGAGCUGAAACAUUUCGGAAAAGCAGAGAACAGUUAGUUUUGUGUUCUUCAAAGGCUCCCACUGUCCCCUAGCUCCUCCCUCUCUGCACCGUGUGACAACAACAACUCAUCCACAGAGCGGUGCUGCACUUUUCAGCUCAUUUUCCUCCUGUCAUUCCUCCUCCUAUCUUUGAUCAUUGUCCCCCUUCAGAAAAAAAAGAGAAAAACUCACUCAACACGCCUUUUUUUUUCUACUCUGGCUUUUUUUUUUUUUUUUUUUUUUUCUACUUUCUAACUUAACUGAGGAGCUAAACUCUGAAGGAUUCUUUCAUUUAGGGGUGUCUCUGCAGGCUGGCUUUUUUUUACUUUGAACUUCGGGCUGCUCUCCUAGGUGACCAUGGCCGUACCGGCUGCUCUCAUCCCACCAACUCCGCUCGUCCCGCCGCCUCCGAUCUCUACUCCCUCCGCCACCACCUCUCCGCCGUCCACAACUUCGUCCCCGUCUCCAUCCCUGGCUCCGCCAUCGGGAGCCGCUCAGAACCUGUUCAGAUCGGAGCUCCUCGCCACCAGCAGUCCGGGCAUGCCGACCCCGAGCGCGGCUCUGCCCCCGAGCAAACCCGUCUACUCGACCCCGUCGCCCGUCGAGAACAUCCCGCAGAACAACGAGUGCAAGAUGGUCGAGCUGCGCGGCGCAAAGGUGGCUUCGUUCACCGUGGACGGUUGUGAGCUCAUCUGCCUCCCGCAGGCGUUCGACCUGUUCCUGAAGCACCUGGUCGGCGGGCUGCACACGGUCUACACCAAGCUGAAGCGACUGGAGAUCACGCCGGUCGUGUGCAACGUGGAGCAGGUCCGCAUCCUCAGGGGGCUCGGCGCCAUUCAGCCCGGGGUGAACCGCUGCAAACUCAUCUCCAGAAAGGACUUCGAGACGCUCUACAACGACUGCACUAAUGCGAGCUCCAGACCUGGACGACCUCCGAAGAGGACUCAAAGUGUGACAUCGCCUGAGAACCCCCACAUCAUGCCCCACUCGGUGCCUGGACUCAUGUCUCCUGGCAUGAUCCCUCCUACAGGCCUGACAGCGGCCGCGGCAGCAGCUGCCAACGCAGCCAUCGCAGAGGCCAUGAAGGUCAAGAAGAUCAAGCUGGAGGCGAUGAGCGGCUACCACGGCAACGCCAACCACCACGGGGCUGACGGAGAGAAUGGAGACCUCAGCUCUGGCGUCGGUCUGGAACUCCCCUUCAUGAUGAUGCCACACCCACUGAUCCCAGUCAGCCUGCCCCCAGCCUCUGUCACCAUGGCGAUGAGCCAGAUGAACCACCUCAGCACCAUUGCGAAUAUGGCUGCUGCAGCCCAGGGCCAGAGUCUGCCUUCUAGAAUGGUCACUUCUGUUAUAAAGGGGUUGCAGGAACGUGUGCCAGACAGUCCAUCCCCUGCUCCUUCCUUAGAUGACAACAGAAGGCCUGGUAGUCACCCAUCAUCCCACCGCAGCAGCAGCGUGUCCAGCUCCCCAGCCCACACAGAAAGCUCUUCAGACAGGAUACCAGCACACCACAAUGGGCUGUCAAUGAACCAAGCCCUUCUAGGCCUGUCCCCCAACAUCGCCCCUGGGCCAAAAGAGGGCGACCUGGCCCAUGACAUGAGCCAUGAAGUGAAAAGGAUGCAUGCUGACAAAGAGGACAACUCCAUGUGCACCCCAACCGCUAGAGACAGCUAUGAGAGGUUGUCAUUGGCUGGACAGACUCUGCCUCCAGGUUUCCCAUCACCAUUUCUCUUCCCAGAUGGCCUGUCAUCAAUAGAGACUCUUCUCACCAACAUACAGGGCCUCCUCAAAGUGGCGAUUGACAAUGCUCGGGCUCAGGAGAAGCAGGUGCAGCUGGAGAAGACGGAGCUGAAGAUGGAGCUGUUUAGAGAGAGGGAGCUCAGGGAGACACUGGAGAAGCAGCUCGCCAUGGAGCAGAAGAAUAGAGCAAUCAUCCAGAAGCGUCUGAAGAAGGAGAAGAAGGCCAAGAGGAAACUGCAAGAGGCUCUGGAGUACGAAUCCAAAAGGAGGGAGCAGGUGGAGCAGACUCUGAAGCAGCCAUCGCCCUCAGACAGCAUGCGCUCCCUCAACGACUCUCUGACCCCUGAGAUGGAGAGUGACCGCAGCAGUGGAAGAACAGAUGCUGAAAGGACAAUACAAGAUGGAAGACUGUUCCUGAAAACCGCAGUGAUGUACUGAUAAGGCCGCAAGGAGCUGGAGGACAGAAAGAUUUUAUAACAAAAAGUAAAUAAAAUGAAAUAAAAGGACUGAAAGAGAAAAAAAAAAGAAACCAUGAAGGUUCCGGGGAAGACCCUAACCCACGCCGAUUUAGCUGAAGAGAGUUCAAGCUGCUCGUAGAUGGUAAUGCUGUGUUCAUCCCCCCCACCCCCCAAACGCUGGAGGAUUGUGAAUGUACAACAAAGAAGUCUUUCUCACCACGGAAG